UUUAGCACAUUUUAUUAAAGAAACAGUAGACCUCACAGGAAGCAAUUUUUGAUCACGUUCCUCAAAUCUGCUCUUAAUAAACUGUGAGCUGUCGAAUGGAAUGGUUCUAGACUUUUUCAUGUUUGGCGUGCGUCCAAAAACACCCCUCUUAUGUUUUUGUUUUCAAAGUCAUACUUAAACACUCUGAAAUGUUUAUUUACUAAUUUAGACCGGUAUUAUUUUGUAAUAAAAAAGUUCAUCUGCACUUGCUUUGAUUUUCACUCAAGCUUCCCAACUGAGGUGGUAACCUCGCUUUUAUUUCAAUAAUGAACGCCAAAUGAACAAAUUUUAUUACCAUUCCAGUGUGGACUUAAUAUACAACUUGUGAAUGCAGCUUAGAGAAGUUGCUGACUUACUGAUGGGUAUUAAAAAACUCUCUUGCUUUUUAUAAUUACGCCAAGUAUAGGGUCUGUUUAAACAUGGACUGGGGCUACAAGCCCCAAGCUGGACCAAGAGAUGGCACAAUUUCCUAACAACUGCACUUUGUUUGUUCACAAAUGACUAUGAAACGUACGUGUUACUGUCACAUCGCUACCAACAAAAUGUGCACUCCCGACCAACAUGGCUCUUUUCAACCGAUGAGGGGGUGCUUCUGCUUGAGGUGGAUAACAUGUUAUACGCAUUAAUCAUUCGCCUUGCAUGCAGAGGUUUUAAAGCACUCUUGGAUGAAACAAAUUUUGAUUCAAAUGAAACAAAUACUAAGAGUGUUCAGAUAUAAUUUGAUAACAUGGAAAAGUUAAACAUUGCUUAGAAAAAGGAGACAUCAAAUUAUUUCGACGUGCCUGUCAAGAUCUUCAGUGCGUUAUUGGUCUACGUAAGGAACGUUUGUGAAAUAAUGGACCACAGAAGUAUACAGGAGAUGUCUUUUUUCUGCAGAUGCGACAGAUAAUUAUGAUGUUGAAUACAGAUAACUAACUGGUGGUACUACUUCAAUAACUGAACACCUAUACAAAGAUCUUUUUGAAGUAACACCAACCAGUCAAGUGCCAACUCCCUCUAGAGGGCCGUGUAACAUUUUAGACUUUAUUACAGAGAACCAGGACAUCAGUCAAACGUACGCGUCCGUUUACGUUUUUGAUAGUCUUAGGGGAAAAGUCCAAAUUAUUCAUAUACUUGUUACUCUUAGCAACGAACAUCAAUCGUGUUUGACAUAUCCAACUCAGAAAUUCAAUAAUCAAUUUUAUCAUUUCCUUCAUAUGCACCAUACACCUGUGUCACAACUUUAUGUGACAGUGUGAUUUCGCCAAUACAUACUGAGGAAUAAUUCAUGAAUGGAGCUGUGUUUUACAAAGUCCGAACAUUUUUCAGCAUAGCCCACGUUUCAACAGUUAACCUGAUCUGACUAACAUUGAAGAUGAUCAUAACGUUUACAAUGAGUUUGAUGCUGUAAAAAAUAGAAGGGCAAGCAUUCCUCUAGCAAAACUCCUUGACCUGAAACUUUAUCUUGAAAGACAUUUUUUGAAGAAUUGAAACACGGUCUUUACUUGCCUAGAAAAAUCACUGUAAGGGGAAAAUUAACGUUUUACGACAUAUAUAUCUAUCAAAUUUGUUUUUGAUAAACAUAGUUAUUUCCACAAGAGAACUGUCUAUUAUAACAUCCUAUAAUUUCCGUUUCCAGAGGCAAUUAUAGAAUAAUAUAUAGCAUAAUUAUGUCAACAUAUCUGCAUGCGAGUGGCACUUGUGCGCGAUUGUUUUUCGCCCACUUUGCGCAUCUGCAACUGUGACGUACUUCACAAACUUCUUUGAAGGGUACUUGUGAACGGUCAACUUUAAUAAGAGAUUUGUACGGAGCUUGCUGAUCGGACCUUAGGUGAAUAUCAAAUAAGCUGUGAAAAUUCCAUCAUGGAGCUUAGGAACCUUAAGGUUUUGGUGGUAAUUUUACAAAGAAUUCUUACCACUGAGCCGUUUAUGAUAAAAAAAUGAAAACCGAAUGUUUAAUAUUUGUCUUUUCGAGUCAAACGCUCAACUCAUCAAUAAAAGAUGAAAAACCAACACCUUUCGCCUCACAUUUCCGCAAUCGAUUCAAAACUUUUGCAACUGAAAAAAAAAUCCAUUUCCCAGAAUAUAAAAAGGAUAAUGGCCUGUGUGCUUAAUAAAGGCCCGUGAAGACUGAAUGUAUAAAAAGACACAACUAAUUUACAGGAUGUAUGAUGAAGCAUGCGCGGAGAUCACGUUCCACACUGUAAAUUAUCAACACGAUAUUUUUGUUCCUAAUAAACCAAAACUCUUCUACUUAUGAGCUUUUAGGCUGGCUGGCAAAUUGAUUUAAAUGCAUCGCUCUCAGCGAGCCAUCUCUCUUAUCUGAGCGAGCCGUCUGCUUCUAGUUCUAUACUGGGAUUCUGACCAAAAUGCUCGUACUACCUUACAUCAGGCAAGAUACCUUUUUGCUGCAUGGAAAACUGAAAGAAUUUGAUUUAAAGAAUAACUCUUAUUGCUGUCAAAAUGUGAUACUGUGGCAAACUUAUCAAGAAUCGUCGGGUGACCCAACACGUCAACAUUAACUUGAAGUCGAUCGUGUAGUAGCGUACAGACCACCUCUGUCAUUUUUAGCUAAGUCUGGUACUCCUCCUACACCCAAAAAGAUCAACUGGUGCCGGAAUGAAUUCCACACAAACCUCCAGAGUACGGUGCAUCGUCAGUGAUAAUGGUGCCCAGGUGAGUGAAGUCGCCGCCCAUUUGGCCUACUCUGUGCUCGUGUUUGGCCUAGGCGUGUCGGGCAACUGCCUCAUACUCUGCGUGUACUGGGGCAAAAUCCGAAAGUCGACUACCGAUGCUCUUAUAAAGGCACUCGCCCUCGUCGAUUUCAUGGUAUGCGUCCACCACCUGGUCUAUGUGGUAGUGUGGUCCGUGUGUCUGGCCGGUGCGACAGUGUCAGGCCUCUGGAUAAGCACCUUCGACUACGUGAACCGCGUAUGGAUUGGCACGAGUGUGCUCAUCACGGGCUUGAUUGCACUGGAUCGCUAUGACUCUGUUUGUCGUCCCCAACGCCGCUGGAUGACAACCUCACGGACUAAGAAAGCUGUGGUGUGUGCCUUCAUCACUGCGGCAGCCGGGCAUGUCCCCAUAUACAUCAUCGAGGUAGUGGUUGGCGACACAGCUUCGUGGGGACCACAUACGUUAUCGUACGCGCUAAAGUACAUGUACAGGUUCGUCGUAUUUGUUACUGUAGUUGUAAUAAUAUUAGUGUGUUACGCACAAGUGUUCUUGGCCAUACGGCGACACGUAAGAGUUGCGCCAUUGGCGGCAUCGGAAAACACCGAGUCCACACAACGACAACCCUCGGUUAUGACGAAGCAGACGCCGCUUUCAAAUCAUCACGUGCCUCAAAUCGGCAACACGGAUUUGGUUUCCAACCAAGAAACCGCUGCGGGUAGCACCGAUGGUGUGGCCAUCCCGAAGCCGGCACGCUGGCGGGAAACUGAGAUCGCAGAAAAAGGACCGAAAGGGUCGGGCAACUGUCCGGGCGCUUCGGCAGCAGUGAGAGAGUGCCGUGCAGCGGUUCCAAGAUCCCAUCGGCUGUUCUUCUGCAAGAGAUGCUACUUGUCACCCCUACAGAGGAAGACGACCGCCAUGCUAUUCGUCACCAGCGUAGUGUUUGUCCUGUCCUGGCUACCGUACUGGAUCACCGCGGUGUGCUGCUUCUUCGACGUGAAGCUGGCCAUAGCGGAAGUAUCCACAGAACUCUUCUAUAUCAAUAACGUCGCCAAUCCGGUCAUUUAUGGCGUCGCCAACCGACGGUUUAGGGAAGAGAGUAAACAGGUCCUACGUCGGGUGAGACGAUGCUGGUCCAACGCUUGAAGCUACGAGAGAGCCUUUCUGUAGGUACGGAUAGGUUGCUAAGCGUGGAUCUUGCUUAAAGUAAAAGAAAAGUCAAUGUUCAUUUGCCUGUCAACAGCAAAUUGGUUCCGUGUCAAUUUUAAUUGCGAACUGAUCAAGGGAACAACAGGAACCAAGAAAGGACUGAGCCCGUCUGGUCGAUGCUAUCCUUGGAGAACAUUUACGGAGAACACUGAGCCGGUUCUGUCGCAGGCAUAUACGCUGAGAUCUGAGGCGGUCUGUCUUAGGCCCCUUCCGGUGAAAACUGAGCCGGUCUGUUACAGGCUAUCCGCAGGGAGAACUGAGCCGGUCUGUCACAGGCUAUCCGCAGGGAGAACGGAGCCGGUCUGUCACAGGCUAUCCGCAGGGAGAACGGAGCCGGUCUGUCACAGGCCAUAGGCCUACGCUGAGAAUCGAGGUGGUCUGUGCAGGCCUCGUGCGCUGAGUACUGCGGCGGUUUGUCCCAAGUGGUGAAAAAUGAUCUCACUGAUCUGUCCCAGGCCAUCUACGGCGAAAAUUCAGCCAGUCUGCCGCAGGCACAUCGAAUGAGACCACCGGACAGGGAAAAGCUAUCUCACUUCCUCUAACUGUCUUGACUUGCCAUUCCAUGGUUUUGACACUCUCUUCAGUUAGCUUGUUAAUCACAGACUGGCCUGACCAUAACAAGACAUUCCUGACGGGAAGCACAAACUCAAAACUCGACCUCUGCAUUCCUCCGUAUAUUUCGCAUUGUUUAAUGUGGUUUGCAUUAAUUUUGCUGUAGCGUAUAGCAUGAUAGGCUUAACCCAAAGCAUACAGGCCACCU